GAAGCAUUUGAAAACUAAACAUCCGACUCUUUCAUUGGAAGGAGAAAGGGCAAAACGGCGGGUGGAAGACGAAAAUAUGCCUAGGUGCAAAAAGAACUUCGUUUCAGGCUCUAUUGUGGUCAGAUUUGGUAACGCCGAAAACAACUUAAUCAUGGGAAAGGCAACCUUUUUAGAUCCUAGGUUCAAAACGAAGGGAUUUUCCAGCGAGGAUAAUUUGAAGAAAGUCACGGAAAAAAUCCAAAGCGAAAUAGUGUAUUUAAUUAAGAAGGCGCAAAGUGAGGGUGCUGAAAUUAAAAAUGAUAAUAUUACAAGUGAAACGAAGAAUCCUUUGAAGGAAACUGAUGAUACUCAAGAUAUAAUAUGGCAAGAUUUCGACAUAACAAUAAAAUCAUCUAAUAUCACUAAAAACAGUCCCACUGCGACAGCCAUUGCCGAAAUCAACAUGUAUUCAGAAGAAACAAAUUUAAAUCGAAAAGAAAAUCCGAUUCUAUGGUGGAGUGAAAGACAAAAAAUUUACCCCUGGCUCUCCAUAUUAGCCAAAAAAUAUUUGAGCAUAGUAGAAACUUCAGUUCCCUGCGAACGGGUCUUCUCAAAGGCAGGACAAAUGAAGCUUGUCCACAUUCCUUAA